UCUCGUCACCGGUGAUCUUGUAACGGUUUCGAACUCUAAAAUUAUCAGUUAAUCGCCACAGUCUGGCAACGCCGCCAUCAGCUGUUCAAUAAUCAAAUUGAUAAGAUUUCUCCCAUGUUUUUCGGUUGAGGUUCAGGCGAAGAUUAGAGGUCAGGAGCAAGUGAUCGAUUGUAUCUUCAAGUGGAAGUUAAUCUGCCUAAUUUACGAGUUUCAACAUGGAUGUGAAGGAACUGGAAGUAAACAAAACCCUGCCCUAUGACCCCUCCCUGCUGACGGUAAACAUAUCGCUGCGCCAGAUCGAGGAGAUCGCCAUGACGAUCUCCCAGCGCUGCCAUGUGACGGGAGCCAACGAGAUCGCCUGGGCACUGAGGGCUCUUAUGUUGACCGAUCUCACCACCUUGGCCGGCGAUGAUACGGCGGCCAAUGUCCGGCGGCUGUGCCUCCGCGCCUGCUACCCAUUCGAACCGCAGUUCUUCGACAAGUUCUUCGAUCGCGCCCUCAUCCCCGAGAUGCACACGGCCGCCGUUUGCGUUUACCCAGCCAGGGUAAAGGAUGCCUACACGGCGCUGCAGCAGUACGACAAACUGGACAAGGUGGCCAUUGCGGCGGUGGCCACUGGCUUCCCCACCGGCCAGUACGGCCUGCAGACGCGCCUGCAGGAGAUUAGCCACGCCAUUCUGGCCGGUGCCACCGAGAUCGACAUAGUGAUCAAUCGCCAGUUGGCGCUGGUGGGCGACUGGGAGGCCCUGUACAACGAGGUGGUACUCAUGCGCAGCGCCUGUGGACAGAGGGCUCACCUGAAGACCAUUCUUGCUAUUGGAGAGCUGGGCACCAUGGAGAAUGUCUACAAAGCAGCCAUGGUUUGCAUGCUGGCUGGAGCGGAUUUCAUCAAGACCUCCACUGGCAAGGAGACCGUGAAUGCCACUCUACCCGUUGGCCUAGUCAUGAUCUUUGCCAUCCAGGAGUUCAAGCGGCGCACCUGCCAGAUUGUGGGCCUUAAGCCAGCCGGCGGAGUGAAGACUGUGCGAGAUGCCAUCGCCUGGAUGACGCUGGUCAACGAAACACUGGGCAUCCGCUGGCUGCGUCCCGAGAGAUUCCGUUUCGGAGCCUCCGGACUGCUGGACGACAUUGAGCGAGUGGUUCGGGAGGGUGUUAAAAAACUGGAGGAGGAGGAGGCCCUCAAGAAUCAGCCUGUCUCAAAGGAAGCUGCUGCCGCCGAGACCUUCUGCAAGGAGCUGCGCAAGAAGAAGGAGGCUCAGUAGAAGGAGCUUCAUUCUAGCCUUUAUGCAUUUAUUGUAGCAUUUUUAUACAACUGACUAAAACCUAUCCAAAAAAAGAGAA